AUGAUGGUGACACAACCAGGCUGGCUCGAAGGCUAUGCUACCCACCGUUAUGACUGGGUGCGCAUGAGCAAUCGACCGGCAUUCUAUCGACGCAUUGGCAUCGUUGAAAGCCUCUUCAAUACCGAUGGCACAGACUUCGAAGGCAGGGCGGAUCUCACCAUCCAUCUGCACGUCGAGGCGCGGAGUUUCUUGACUCUAGAAUCGCUGAGAUCGCGAAUCUGCCUUGUCUGGAGCAUCAUGCGGCAGAAGCAUGUCCUGCUCUCGAGCAGGGUGGCCACGCCGAUCGAAGUGUUUCCGCCCGGGCACCAGCAUACUCCUUCAGAGCGUUUCUACAUCUUUGAGCCAAGUCAAAGCGUCGAAUCAAUGCGGAACGAGGCAAUUCAGCACAUGGUUUUUGUCGAGGAUCACUAUCCCCACGUGGAUGAUUACGAGUUUUUCGUCCACACCCUCAACUCUAGCCGAUGUAUUGAUGAAUUCAAAGCUUUGAGCAAACUGUAUGUCUUGCCAGUGAAAGCCGACCAGGACGCCUUCUCUCAACUCCACUUCAUGUUCAUUGCUGGGCAUGAAAUAGUCGAUGGCCUCACUUCCAUGCGUUGGAUGUCCGAUUUUAUCGACCUCUUAAACCGGUCAGAGGAGCAGCUUCUAUCUGACGCCCAGAAGCUGUGUGCUACAUCGCCUAUCAAACGGCUGCCACCUGCACAGGAAAGUCUAUACCCUCCCGUAUCUGGAUCUCACGCCCGGCAACAGUGGUCCUGGCUGCUGACUCGCGUCCUCCGACAUACUCGCCGACCUCCCCCUGCCUCAUUUCAGAAUCCACUCCUACGGGAGACACGACGCACCACAGCCACUCCCUUGAAACCUAUAUUCUCAAAGGUCAUCGACUACUCGCGCACACCGCCACUGAACACAUAUCCACUGCGCGCACUCCUUAGCAGCUCAUCAACCAAGCGACUUUCUAGCAUAUGCCGUGCCGCAAGAAUCAGUAUUGGAAGCGGCUGUUUUGCUCUCGUUGCCAUCGUCAUGAUGUUUCUUGAGGAGCAACGCAACCCAUCCAUGUCAGCACAUGAACGUCUCCCGUUUGUCGGCUCCUUCCCAAUCAACCCCCGCCCGUUCCUCAAUGGCGAACCUACAACAGGAAAAGAAGACAGUCUGAUGCUGGCCUUUAGCGAUGGUAUUACCCUUCCUUUCCUCCCCAGCGGCCUCGAUCUAGAGGGCCGGAUACGCCUGCUUGGUAAACAAGCGCACCGCCAACUUCGCCAGUACCAAAAGCGCCCGAGAAGCCUGGCGCAGGAAAUCCACCUUGGCUCCCGGAGUCCCACCCAACUCAUCCCCCUGCUAUACCUGAACACGAUGGAGUAUCUCGAGAGGAAGAGCCAGCCGAGCAGGCGACGUGGUUGGGACAUCCAAGGUGCCUACCCGGCCCGCCUGGGUUCACCGUCAACGUGCGGGGUGAGUUCGGUCGGGGAUCGUGGGUCCAUCAUCUCGUCAGGGAAAUACGACACGAGCAAACCCCCUCCACGAGGGGAGUUGAUAGCCGACUUUCGGAACCUGGAAACCACUGUGCGGGCGCGGGACGGGGAGUUCCUGGUGGGAGUCGUGGGAGAUAAAGACCGCCUCAGAUUAGGUGUUAGCUAUGACGGAUGUGCCAUUGAUCCAGAUCUGGCGGAACAAUUCAAGACAAUCAUCGAGAGUAUCCUGGAUGACCCAGAGCCGUCUGCAUCAGAGCGAUGGGAGAUUCCGCAGUCAGGCAACACGACGGAAGAUAUCAGCACGAAACCAGACGACCUUAGCAUCAAGGGCCUGCCUCAAAUAAGAGACUCGCGCCGGCUCUCCAGGCUCUAA